CUUUGGUUUUCUCUCACAUAACACCCUUCCGUCCAUAUGAAUCGUUAAAGCCUAACGGACGCCCACUCACGUGAUUUUCACGUGAUAAUUUUCGGCUUGCUUACCCAUUUUGCCCUCAUUAGUGUCUUACUAACCCUUCACUCUCACCCUUAGACACGCUCACUCGUCCAAGCACACCAAACUGGAAGACGAAGACCCACGGCCGAAGCUUGCGGAGAAAAUGUGGAAGCUGAUGGGUUGAUUGGGUUCCAGCCAUCGAUUCGAAGGCUUAGAAAGAGAGUCGAAGAAAGAAAGCUGAAUAUAAGUACAUCUGGCGGCGAAGAAUCCCCCACGACGGCGAGACCCAAACCGGCGAAAAUCAUCCACCGGCAAACUUACUCACUGUCCAGUACCGGCGAGGUGACGACGGUUAAAGAUGGAGCACUCCGAGGGUGAGCUAAGCGAUUCAGGAUCGAGCUAUCCAAUUUGCAAAUGUGGGAGCAAAACCGUUGUCAAAACAACAUCAACAACUAAAAAUCAUGGAAAAAGGUUUUAUGCCUGUGUAAAUUAUGUGAAUGAAACAAAUCGUGGUUGCAAUUUUUUUAAAUGGGUUGAAUCAGAUUUUUGUGUGUGCGGUGAUCGACUGAUGUCAAUGUUGUUGGCGUGGCAGCACGAUUUGAAGUCCGAAAGGGCAAUGGAAGUGUUGAAAUGCAAGAUUGAACUUGCUGAGUACAAGUCAAAAAUUGAAGUUGAUGCUGCUAAUUUUGCACUUAAACUUGAAAGGGUUGAGAAUAAGUAUCGUUCGAUGCAGCUGAAGUUUCGGGUUGCACUUGCAUGUUGUUGGUGUCUUGUUGCUGUAUUGUUGUGUUUCCCUUUUUCUAAUGGACUUGCAUCAAAUCUGAUGUUAAGCAGCUGAAAAAGACAGUUUGUUGUCUUUAUUUGUAUCAGACUUGUAUCAAUUGACCAUAUGGUUAUGUUUUUUGUACCCAACUUUUGUGUAAUA